UGUGUUGACGAUGAGGAGAGAAACGUCAACAAACUAUAAAAAGUUGUGAAGUGAAUGUUUUAGUGGUGGUGUGGUGAAUAUCCAUAUUUCCGCGAAUUAUAUAUAAUUGAAAAGCAUUAUGAUACGUUUCUCCGAAAUAUUUUCUUCAUCUGGUUUAGUAUUUAUGAGUUAUAGAGUUUUGUAAAAUAGUAGAUAUGUCUGCAAGGGAUAAGUGGGUUCGCCGGUUCUCUGUAGAUGAAACAUCGAGACACCAAAAUGGUUUUACCAUUUACAAGAUAACUUCUGUUAUAUUCCCAAUAGAGUCUCCAGAAGCAGUGACGGUGGUGUCAGUCUGGAAGCGGUUCAGCGAUGUGCAGCAGCUACACAAGAGCAUGAAAGUGCUCCACGCCGGGCUGCACUUGAGAGGAACAGUUCCUGAGCUACCUACAAGCAACUACUUCAAGCGAUUUCAACAACAGGUGAUAGAAGAAAGAGCCAAGUCAAUCAAGGUGUUGCUAGAAUUCAUAGCUGAACAUCAACUUUUGUUCACGAGUACAGACUGCAUCAACUUUCUAGAGACGGGUUAUCCGGAGCCGUCAGCGCCGGGCAGCGUGAUCGCCACGAUCAGGUCGUCGCUGCACCUGCCAUUAGAGGAGACGCCGCAUUUGGAGUACCCCACAGAUGAGGACGACUCCAGGAGCCCUACUCACACAGCACAAUCACAACCCAGCAACCUUCUAGAUGACAGUCCUCAGACCACAGAUGAAAUAGACAGCAUAUCCCGAAUACCAAUAUACGAAGCAGCCGACGUUGAAAUAAAGACAACACCAAAAAUAUCCAAAUCAAACAGUUUUGCAUCGAUAAACUCACUCGAUAGCAUUGACAGCGAUUUAUUCGACGAACUAAACAAACUGGCCGUCGAGAAAAGUAAGCCGCUUGUGAAAAAUAAAUCUGUGUUGCCAGAUUUAAUUAAUUUUGACGCUCCUUCGACUUCGAAAUUCGAAGAUUACCACACCAUGCCCGCGAAAGUUCCAGAUUCGGACACGAAUUCGUUAAGUUCUGCCUGUGAAAGUGAUUCAAGGCGAAGUAGUUCGCGAGUGUCUUUGUAUAGUAAGAGAAGUGUGUUGUCUCUCUCCAACUUUGAGAGUAAGACAAAGACAGAAGAUAGUUAUGUGUUUGAGGCCGGUUACAUGUUGAAUUUAGCGGCAAGAUGUGAAGAUCUGGGUGAUUAUCAAAGAGCUUUUGAGUGUUACAAGUCUGGCAUUGAGAAGAUGCUUAUUGGAGUACAAAACGACACAGAUCCUCAGAGGAGGGCGCUUAUAAAAAAGAAAACAAACAAAUACAUAUCGUACGCCGAAGAGAUUUACAAAAACCACUUGUGCGAUACGGAACAACGUAUAUUACCAGAGCGAGACGAAAACCCUCGCCUGCAUUGCUCCAUUCCAAUAUCUAUGCUCAAACGCAAAUACGAAGAUCUGGCGUUGUACCAAGUGUUAGCUAUACUGGGGUCGAGUAUAAUGCUUGUGUUGCAUAAGGCUGAUCAGAGUUGUUAUGCUAUGAAGGUGAUCCAAAAAGUACCAAACAAUUUGACAGAAUUCGACGAGUACUUUCACCAACGGCCAAAUGAAACGCGGCAACCUAUCCUUACCACGGUCAUACCAUACAUGGUGCCCCUACAUGCAUACAUUGAAACAGAUAACUUAAUAUUCUUAAUAUUGUCUUAUGCACCGGGCGAAAAAUUACUCGAUUAUAUAAAAAAAUAUGCUAAAUCUAUUCCGAACACACCAAAAAGGGUGUUAAAUUUAGAAAAUGUGUUUCCCAAAGAGAAAACAGUUAUAGAAAGUGAUAGUGAUAAUAAUAAUGAUAGUGUCGAAGUGAACAUUGAUUCGUUGGACAAUGUAGAUGUUUCCGUGAACGAUUUGGUGGUGAAUUCGAAGAAGUUGUUGAAGAAUGUGGACAGAGUGUUGAGCGAGCUUAAAGUAUUGGAGAAGAAUGAGCUGGAUAAUAACAGGGUUGAGACUGCGACUAUUAAUAGGUUGUCCCCCCACCCUGUGGACGUGUUGCCACCGUCGGCAGUAUGCAAGUGGGGGGCGGAAAUUUUGACAGCUUUGGAGAGUUUACACAACUCGGGGGUCAUUUGCAGAGAUUUAAAUCCCUCAAACAUCCUACUGGGCGACAGAGGUCAGAUCCUGCUAACUUACUUCAUAUCUUACCCGGGCUUAGAGAUGACAUUGCCCAAACUAUGUAAUGUCAAUAUGUACAUAGCGCCAGAACUAUAUGUCAAUAGUAUAGUGGAUGGUGGAAAUGAAUUUGAUAAAGUGUGCGAUUUUUGGAGCUUCGGCGCUAUAAUGUAUGAGUUGCUGUGUGGAGUGCCGCUGUCCCACUACCACAACAGUAUAUUCACGAGUCACACUAUACUGCAGUUGCCAGAUGGUUUGUCUGUUGAAGUGGAGUCUUUACUUACGCAGCUUCUAACGUAUGAACCAUCUGAACGUCUCGGCGCAGGAAAAGACGGCAUAGAGGAGAUUAAGAAACACCCAUACUUUAAGCAUAUUGAUUGGCAAGAAGUGUAUGACAGUUGGAUUGUGCCAGGUUGAUCUUUAUAUGUAUUGGGGUAAGGUUGAAAAUUGACUGCACCAUUUCCUUCUAUUCAAUCCCAAUUAUAUUAAAAUACAGAUAGUUGAAUUGUGCCGAGUUGAUCUUUAUAUAUAUUGGGGUAAGAUUGAAAAUUGACUGCACCAUUUCCAUCUAUUCAAUAAGAGUUAAAAUACAGACUGUUAAAUUGUGCCGGGUUGAUCAUUAUAUUUAUUGGGGUAAGGUUGACAAUAGAUUGCACCGUUUCAUUCUAUUCAGUAGGAGUUAAAAUACAUAGAUCUCUAAUGUAAUGAGAAAGGUCUAAAAUGGACUGCACAAUUACUUUAUAAAAAAUCCGGCCAAUCUAUAAGAGAAUCUCAUAAAAUAUGCAUUUUUCAAAUAAUUGAUUUCUUGCCAAUAAACGAUUUAACCACAAGUCAAAUCAGUAAUUUUUUUCUGAAUGUCAAACAAUGUCAACGACUUGAUAAGCUGUUCCAUACAAAAUCAAAAAUAAUAUUGAAUUGAAAUCAUGUCUACGGCUAAGGAGAAUAUCCUAUAUCGGUAAUAGUAAAUAGAGAAUUGUAAACUAUACAAACUGAGGCACAAAUAAGAACUAAAUAAUUAUAUACCUAGGUGCCUUUAGAGCCGUGCCCCAUUACUCAGUCGCGCUCCGUCACUUGACGUCCGUCGAAUGACAACGCGGAAAUUGUAUGAAGUUUCGAUGUACGUCAACACACGUCAAUGUCAAGAAACAAUAGAAAACAUCGAAGCACAUCGUAGCUACAACGUGGUGCGUUGUUGCAGCGCAGCUAGACUGCGCAAUGGGACAUGGCCCUUAUUUAUGAUGAUAAACUGAUUGGACUAAACCUUAUUUUAAAUUUUAUAUGUGUUUGACAAUGGGUGCCGUGUAACCCGAAAUUAAUAUUAUAUUCUUGUGGAUAGAGGGCCGUCAUUAAUCACGUUAUGUUUACAAUUAUGACAAUAUUGUCUUUUGCACGUCAGAAAUGACUAAAGGUGUGAAACACUACUGAUUUUUCCACCGUUGUAUGUACCACAAUUAUGCAAUAAAAACCAUUCAUUAAUUCAAAGACCCACUACUUUAGUGAUACGUACGAUGCAUUCAUUCAUUCAUUCAUUCACGUGGUGAGAUUUAAGACUAUCCGAUAAUUCACGUGUUUUUUUCACGUGUGUAUUUUAAGACUAAAAAUUUACGUUUAUUUUACUAUACUCUAACAUAUAAAUGAUAACAAUAGUUCUAAAAAUUUUAAGAUUUAUUGUAGUUAAAAAUAAUCUUAAAAUUUUUAGAAUAUUACUUAUAAAUACGGGAAUAAAAAUAAUAUCACACCUACACACCGCUUUCGGUUUACAAAUCGUGGGUUUGACGAAAACAUCAAUGCAUGGGAUAUAUUAACACAUCCCUUGUAUUAUGUCGUGUAUUUCGGAAACCGCCACUUUUGGAGCCCCACGUGAUUAAUGGACGACCGUAUCGUUUUUAUUAACCGCUUUUCGUAUGAAAUGUGACUUAUACUUAUCGCUUUUAAAUUAAGUAUUAUUUUUUUUAUUUAGUACAUGGUAGAAACAUAUAUUUAAAAUUAUUUUAAAUUGUGUUGUAUUGGUUUUUAUUUUAUUAUUAAAGUUAACGUAUAUUUUGAUGUUUAUCUAGUCGACAAUUAAUUAAGGCUAGUUAUUUUUUUUAGUAAUAAUAAGUAUAGUACAAAAAUUGUUUCAAGUUCAAAAAUUUGUCGUGAAAUUUGUUUAUCAUAUGGACAUUUUUUUAUUUUUAUAGAUGUGUUAAAAAUUUUAAACGAAGGAAGCUAUAAAAUUGCUGUUUGUAUAUUCUGUUUCAUAAAUAGGAAUAGAGCAUAAAGUCUUGUCUUGAAAAUAUAUGACGUUUGACAGAUAUGUUUUCCAAACGAUAAAAACAAAAUGUGUAUGCAUUGGUAACCACAGAUAACGUAUCUCUAGUAGUACAGCAUAUAUAACAGUGAGAAGCAACCUUAUUAAGCCAAACUUUGGCGGAUUCGGUAUACAUUGCCGGUUUUUUGUUGCGGUAAAUAAAAGCUCUCAUACAAAUUACGCAAUGUUCACGCAUUGGCAUGUGUCUGAGUUUGGCGACAGUGUGGAACUGACAUAAACCUUCCAUGGGAAUCACGCAAUGUGUAUGUACAUUGGUGAAAACCACAUGAAAAUCCGUGCAAUAGUUUUUGACUUUAUCGCGUACAGACACACAGACGCGACAGAGGACUUUGUUUUAUAAUAAUGUAAUGAUAUGGGAUAAAUAAUAUAAAAUAUUGUUUUGCUAAAAAUAAACAGAUUUAUAAAAAUAUUUGUAAUUUCAUAAACGGAUCUCAUGUAAUUAUUCGGCUAUAUUAUAUUCCAAAUAUUGUUAAUUUACAUGUUCCUUAGUAUUGUUUUAAAUUGUUAUUUUGUUCAUGUGGGCUUAGUAUUAUUACUAUAAAUAAAUGCAAUUUUGAAACAAAUAUCUUUUGAUUUAUAG